AAAAAGAUCCUUUUUUCAUUGGUUUUUGAGAUGGGUUUUUGCAGGGCAGCUGCUCUUCCCAAAGAUUAUGGUGGGAACUGCAUCCAAAUGAGAUUGUCUUAUAGCCCCUUUGCCCCCAUUUUCCUGUACUUCAUUGAAUGGAUGGAUUGUAGUUGCACCGAUAUACUCCCCAAUUAUUUAGGCCUUCUCCACAUACUUGUAUACAAGGUUUAUAUGGAUGGAAUGCCUUCAAUGUCCUCCAAAGAACAGAAGGUCACUUUAAGGGAGUUUUAUGCUGUAAUAUACCCUUAUCUUAGACAACUUGAAGGCGAGUUUAACGAACUGGAAGAUAAUAAUAAUAAUAAUAAUUACAAUAAUAAGAAAAGCCGAUGCACAGAUGUUUUGAGCCGAAAGAAGAUGGAAGGCUGGAGGAAGCUGUCAGAUAAAGAUCAAGAUAGAGAUGAUGAAUGUGGAAUAUGCAUGGAAAACUGUACAAGGAUGGUGUUGCCCAACUGUGGGCAUUCCAUGUGCAUCACCUGCUUCCAUAAUUGGAAUGCACGAUCACAAUCCUGCCCUUUUUGCCGUGACAGCCUAAAGAGAGUCAGCUCUAGAGAUUUGUGGGUUCUCACUAGCAACAGUGAUGUGAUUGAUACAGUUACCCUUGCCAAGGAGAACCUAAGACGUUUCUAUCUUUAUAUUGAAAAUCUACCUGUAGUUGUGCCUGCAACACAUGUUGUGGUAUAUGAUUACAUGCUCUGACCUACAGAGGAAGAAUGAAGUUGCAAGCUACACAAAAUGCUGAAUGCCCUACUGUAUAUAGUCUAAAAUAGGGAAGUUCAAUGUAAACUACCAUGGCAGGUUGAGCAGGUGUUUCAUGGUAGCUGUAUAUAGUAAACUGAAAUACCGAAUGCCUGUUUUUAGGCGAUGAGAAGGUAGCUUUGGAGAUUCUUGAGUUACAUCAAGGAGUAGCUUGCCAGCCUCCAGUGACAAA